CGUAAAAAAAGUUUGUGUAAAUAACAUGUGAUGUUGAAGAACGGCUGAUUCAGUUUCGCUAGUCUCACCGCUGAUGCGGGAUGUGACGGAUGGCCGAUGACGGCGGAGAGGAAGCCUUGGAUCCCCGAGUUCAGAUUCAGCUAGAGAAGCUCAAUACCUGCACUGAUGAAAUCAACCGGCUAGAGGUCGAAUUAGACGAUGCCAACUCCGCCUUCCGUGCCACGCUUAGCGAAUCUAGUCACAAGCUGCGUCUGCUGUCCAAGAAGCUCGGGAAGGCCAUCGAAGCAGCCCGGCCAUAUUAUGAAGCCAAAGACUAUGCCCAAAAGGCUCAGCUGGAGUGCCAAAGGGCGGCGGUGCAGUACCAGCGGGCGUCGGAGGUGCACCAGGCAGCCAAGGAGACCAUCUCGCUGGCCGAGCAACGCUUCCUCAGCAACCAGACCCAAUGGGAGUUCGACAACGCCUGGCAGGAGAUGCUCAACCACGCCACCAUGAAGGUGAUGGAGGCCGAAGCGAUGCGAUUGGAGAGCGAGCGGGAACACCGGAAACGGGCAGCCUCAUUCACGGAGGCGGAGCACAGGGUCCACUCCCUCGAGCGGAGACUCAAGAAAGACAUUGCAAAGUCCAGGUUGUAUUUUGAAAAGAAGGCCACUUUCCAGCAAAAGCUGCAGGAGAUCAAGGGUCAAGUGGAGACGUUGCGCAAGGCGGUGAUCCAGUCUAAGCAGUCCUACACGGACGCCCUGCACAGCCUGGAGCAGAUCUCGGCAGAAAUCCACGAGAAGCGCAAGGUGCGGCUCCCCCCGAGAGAGCCGGGGGUCGGCGCCGAGCUGCUGCGUCCAGCCGUCUCGGGCUCGGACAUGGUCUCCGCCUCUCCAGCGGAACUCCACUCGCGGGCGCUGGAGGCCUCGGUCCACCUUCUGCGGCACACGACGGCCUCCCGCCUCCUCGACCUGCCGGGGGACGGCCUCUCCAAGGCAGAGUCCGAGUCUUAUGGCUCCCUGGGCUCCUCCCCGUCCAACGGCAGCACCCUCUCGCUCCCCACCGACCUGUCCAAGACGCCCCUGGCGGACAUGCUCGGCGGGAUGACCCUCGACGACUCGCAGUUCACACCCAGGCGGUCCCCAGCCGACGUCGCUCGGGGGGUCACUCGCGUCUGCGGCCCCGACGAGUUUGAGGACGUUGACCUCAGCACGGAGUAGCCGGAAAGUUGGCGGAGCGACUAAUUCGACGGCCAGUGUCCUCGGCAGUGCCCGUGCAGGAUCGCAGAGCUUCCAUGAAGUGGCUGGUUAGCUCGGAGAGUGAAUCCAGCCACGGCGCUCAUUGUCUGCGACUGUCGAAAUCAUCUCAACUUUUAGAGAAUGUUGCAAUGGUGCAGUUGUCAGAAUCUCAGUUUCUUCAACCCCUUCCGAGGCUCACCUCGUAGGUUGUAUACUUUUUCACAUGUUCACUCUAUGAUAGGGGAGCUGUUUGAUGUUUCAGGUAAGGCUGGCUGCACCCAGAAAUUAGCAUUUUACUUUUUCAUGCUAUACUUACGUCACACAUGUUAUUAUUUCCAGAGCUUCUGAAGCCAUAGUUUCACCUAUACAUAUUGCAUUAGAACCGCCUCACGGGUCGAUAAGGUAGCGUUGAACGCUUUCUGUAUUGAAAACAACACUUUGUUCCUUGUGGCAUUCCCUUAAUUUAACGAGUGGCUCAAUCGUUUUAAAGUGAAGGUUUUCAUUUGCAAUUGAAUCUAACUACUGCACUUUUAUUCUGAAACAUGUUUUUUUUAGCUCCAUCAUCUGUUAGAAAGAAGAAAAAAAAAACUUAGUUUACUGUCGGGCCAUAAUGUCACCUUGUUGCUUAGCCUUCUGUUCUAGAAUUCCGGGUGCUGCAUCACUUUAGUUUCUCUGUACUGCUAGUCUUUCUUCUUUUUUUAUUUUGCUCAAAUGCUCAAGUCAGUGCCUUGAUUCCAAGCAUUCUGUAGUCAAGACACUGGCAGUGUAUUCCCCUCUAUGUAUACGCGUUUUCUGUGGGACGAUCCUCACUUUGUCGCUUUUCAAACUUUAUUUUGUGCAGACGUGGUUUGUUAACGGAACAGCGGCACAUUCUGACUGGUUGUGGAGCUGCGAAUUGCUUGUUUUUGCGAGGGUAGGUUAUCCCAAAGCCAGGCCCGUGCUACACCGGUGCUAUACGAGUGGUUCAAUUUCUGGUAAACCAGCCGUCUAUGAACGCAGCGUAGAUGUGAAAGCGCUUUCCUCAUUGUGCAUUGGGAUUCAAAGAAUUUAAACUGCCCGUUCUGACCCGAGCUGCACGCAAAUCGUUUGGAACGUGGAAUGCGUUUUUAUUUGAGGUAGCAUUGCAGGAACAUGUUCUGUAGAUAGUAUACAUAGAUGAAUGGUUUGUAUAGACGCACAAGAAAUUUCAUCCUCUGCUUGCUCUUUCUGAGCUUCAGAGAUUUCAUUAAGAGACGAAAGGUGAACUUUCGUGCUUCAAAUAACAUCGGUGUCACUCAUCCGAAAACGCUGUCACUGGUAUCAAUAACGUAUGCACAAACUUUUGCCGCAUGGUCAUUUGCAAUGAAUCUUUCGGCUGAAAUGGAGGUCGGUGUGGUGGCCGACAGUAUGAGAGUGGCAGGGCAUCUCUUUCGAAUACCUUGCCUCCAGCGCGCUCUCCUUGCCCUCUGUCGUGCAUUGGCUGCGCAUGCACACUCUUAGCUCACGUUAUUAAGGGGAAUAAGGGUCUAAAUUUUCUUAAAACUUUUUCACGUUUAUUCAUCUAUUAUGCUGAAAUUUAGUAUUUCUCGAUGGCAAUUUCAAAUGUGCGAUUGGUUUUCACAUCUGCACUAGAAUUCUUACUUGCCAAUAAAUUUGUAAUUCUGAUUAGGUCAUUCAUGCGGGCUGUUCGCGUGAAAGUCUUCGUAAUGUAUCGGAAAUUUUUAUAGAUUUACGUUCGGCAAGACAUGCUCUGUGCGUGUUUUUGUUGCUAUUCUUGUUGCUUUUAAUGUCAUGUGAUUAUUUCAAUUAACUAGUCCUUUAAAGAUGACAGCUUUCCAUUUUGUUGCAGCUUGGUCAUAAAUAAUUUUACCAAUAUAAAUAAAUUAGGCUUAGAAAAGCAUCACCACAUAAAGCUUGUCUCAGUGAAUCCAAAUCUAUAAAAAAUUGCCUAUGGUGAAGAGUUUCAUGCUAAUGAUGCAUAAAGGGGACCUAAUUAAGACCACAAAUUUAUUGAUAAGUCAGGAUCUAGUGCAGCCGUAUGGAGACUAAUUGCAUAUUUAAAAGUACUACAGAGAAAUACAUCAGUAAAUCAAAUUUUAGCACAAUAGACAAAUAAACGACACAAAAAAAGAAGUUAAGGCCCCUUGUCCCCCUCAAAAGCUUGUACUGGAGGCAGGAAAACUGAAGAAACUCCGUGCCAUUUUCAUUCUGCCAGUGAUUUUAUACCGAUAGAGAGAGUGAACAGUUGUGUUUUGGGGUCUGGCAGCCUAAAAACAAUGCUGUCCAUUACAGCACAAUAGCAUUUGGAGCAAGUGGCAAAUAUGAGCUGGACAUUCCAGGUAGCAAUUUAUCAUGCAUCGCAAGGCAUACAAGUUGUAGCAUCAAAAUCAAAUUGAGACCUUGCUUUUUCGGCAUAGCAACACGUCGGUCACAAGACUGCGAAAAUGUUUUACCAAAGCUUUUUAUUUUCAUCUUGGACGUGUUGCAUUUGUUUUCCCUACAUUUUAUAUGAGUUUUAGAAGGAAGCUCUAGUUUAUCUGGUGGGAUCGACUAAAACAUUUGUAGAGUGGUUGUUCGGGUUCUCAAAUGGUUUUGGUCAUCUCUGAAAUGUCUAGAGUUCAAAUGUGAAUCUGUUUUCAAUCAUACUGGACGUUUUCUGUCAAUAGUGUUAGCCUUACACAUAUUUAGUAACCCAAGUGUAGUGACGCAACAUGUUUUGACUCAAAACCACCGUCCAUGUAGGUUGCCAAAUAUAUGCUGUGUAAUGCAUCAAAUUUGUAGUAGUUAGCAAUAGGAAAUAUGCAUGUCCAACAGCAUGAUCCCAGCUUAAUUGAGAUCUUUUAAGCAUGCAUGAAAAUAAAAAGUUCUUCAUAAGGUGCAAACAAACACAAUGCGACGAACGCUGUGCAUGCCAACGCUGUACAAAGUAAAGCAAAACACUGUUUUAGAAUAGAGCACAAGUCGAGUUAUCUCUAAAUGACAAAUAAAAAUGUGCCUUCAAUGAA